UUUCCUCCUGCUACGAUGUCCGUGUCAGGCAAAAAAGAGUUUGAUGUGAAACAGAUCCUAAGGCUACGCUGGAGGUGGUUUAGUCAUCCUUCUCAAGGUUCACCCAACACUGGAAGCUGCCUUCAGCAGGAAGGAUAUGAGCAUAGAGGGACCCCGGUUCAGGGUAGGUUGAAGAACCACUCUCGGGACAGAAACGGACUGAGGAAAAGCAACAGUCCUGUCCACCAUAAUAUACUGGCACCAGUGCCAGGACCAGCCCCUGCCCAUCAGAGAGCCCUUCAGAAUUGGCACCAACAAAACCUGAUAGAACAUCUUCAAGCAAAUGAAGAUACUCUUAAAGCAGGUCCAGAAGAGAAUUUAUUCAAAGAGACUUGUGAAAAACGCUCACAAGAUUUGGAGAUGAUGGCUGAUGACAAUAUAGAAAAUUCUACAGCAAGAUCAGGUACAGAACAUCUUGAAGAAAUUAAUGUCACCAGAUCCGAGGAGCAGUUUCAAGCUGUAAACCAUGCAGUGCAAACUCUCCGUAAAAUGGAGAACUAUGUGAAAGAGAAACAACUGUGUGAUGUGCUACUCAUUGCUGGACACCUCCGAAUCCCAGCCCAUCGGUUGGUUCUCAGUGCAGUGUCUGAUUAUUUUGCUGCAAUGUUUACUAAUGAUGUUCUUGAAGCCAAACAAGAAGAGGUCAGGAUGGAAGGAAUAGAUCCAAAUGCACUUAAUUCCUUGGUGCAGUAUGCUUACACAGGUGUCCUGCAAUUGAAGGAAGAUUCCAUUGAAAAUUUGCUGGCUGCGGCUUGUCUCCUGCAGCUGACUCAGGUCAUUGAAGUCUGCUCCAAUUUCCUCAUAAAGCAGCUCCACCCUUCAAACUGCUUAGGGAUUCGAUCAUUUGGAGAUUCCCAGGGCUGUAUAGAGCUUCUGAAUGUGGCACAUAAGUAUACUAUGGAACACUUCAUUGAGGUAAUACAGAACCAAGAAUUUCUCCUGCUUCCAGCUAAUGAAAUUUCAAAACUUCUGUGCAGUGAUGACAUCAAUGUACCCAAUGAGGAAACUAUUUUUCAUGCUCUAAUGCAGUGGGUGGGACAUGAUGUGCAGACUAGGCAACAAGACCUGACGAGGCUGCUUUCUUACAUCAGACUACCAUUACUCCCACCACAGUUACUGGCAGAUCUUGAAAACAGUUCCAUGUUUAGUGGUGAUCUUGAGUGUCAGAAGCUCCUGAUUGAAGCUAUGAAGUAUCAUCUCUUACCUGAGAGAAGACCCAUGAUGCAAAGCCCUCGGACAAAGCCUAGAAAAUCAACUGUGGGGGCACUUUAUGCUGUUGGAGGAAUGAAUGCUACGAAAGUUUACGUCGUAGGAGGAAGAGACGGUUUACAAACUUUGAAUACUGUGGAAUGUUUUAAUCCAGUUGGCAAAAUCUGGACUGUGAUGCCUCCCAUGUCAACACAUCGGCAUGGCUUAGGCGUAGCCACACUUGAAGGACCAAUGUAUGCUGUAGGUGGUCAUGAUGGAUGGAGCUAUCUAAAUACUGUAGAAAGAUGGGACCCUGAGGGGCGCCAGUGGAAUUAUGUGGCCAGUAUGUCAACUCCCAGAAGCACAGUUGGUGUUGUUGCAUUAAACAACAAGUUAUAUGCUAUUGGUGGACGUGAUGGAAGUUCCUGCCUCAAAUCAAUGGAAUACUUUGACCCACACACUAACAAGUGGAGUCCAUGUGCUCCAAUGUCCAAACGACGUGGAGGUGUGGGAGUUGCAACAUAUGAUGGAUUUUUAUAUGUUGUAGGAGGUCAUGAUGCCCCUGCUUCUAACUAUUGCUCCAGGCUUUCUGACUGUGUGGAACGGUAUGAUCCAAAGAAUGAUUCAUGGUCAACUGUGGCGCCUCUGAGUGUUCCUAGAGAUGCAGUUGCUGUGUGCCCCCUGGGAGACAAGCUCUAUGUGGUUGGAGGAUAUGAUGGACAUACUUAUUUGAACACUGUUGAGUCAUAUGAUGCACAGAAAAAUGAAUGGAAAGAGGAAGUUCCUGUUAACAUUGGAAGAGCUGGCGCAUGUGUUGUGGUGGUGAAGCUAUCCUAA